AUUCCCCCCUAGCAACCGUCACCGGUUGGUACACGGUAAUGGAGCCACUACAGAGAGUCUAUGGCCACUAUCCGCUUUCAUGGCCUUAACUUUUUGAAAAUGAACAGACAAAAGGAUUAACAGAUUCUGGUGCACAGCAUUUGUGAUUGCAUUUGGCUCCACCUAUCGGCUGACCGCGCGCAGUGCAGUCAAUAUGGCGGCACCCAUUCUGUACCUAAGUUUCACAUUUAGCGACAGAAUUUGACCUGAAUGAGAAAGAACGAGUCUAUGAAAUCGAUAUUUAACGGUCGUGAUGUCCAGACUGGCCGUAGUGUUCGGAGGUUCUCGUGGCAUUGGACGAGCAGUUUCUCAGCUGCUGGCACAGAGGGGUCAUAGGGUUGUGGUGCUGUCCAGGAACAAGGAGGCUUCACAAGCUACUGCUGAAUCUCUCCCUGGAGAAAAACAUUUGAGUCUUAGUUGUGAUGUUUCUAAAGAAGAAGAUGUUCAGAGAGCAUUUGAGACCAUCAGUAAGAACUGUGGCACUGUGGGAUACCUGGUUAACGCGGCUGGCAUCAACAGAGAUGCAUUGUUACUGAGGAGUAAAUCUGAAGACAUGCUGUCUGUUCUGCACACUAACCUACUGGGCUCAAUGCUCACAUGCAGAGGUGCUCUACGGAGCAUGCUGAGCCACGGAGGAGCUAUUGUCAACAUUGGCUCUGUGGUGGGUGUGAAGGGUAACUCCGGUCAGUGUGUGUACAGUGCCAGUAAAGCUGGACUGGAAGGAUUCACACGCUCCCUAGCAAAAGAAGUUGCUACCCGGAAUAUACGAGUAAACUUGGUGGCUCCAGGAUUCAUUCAGACGGACAUGACGGAAGGGCUGGAGAAGGAAGCAGCAACGAGGAGAAUUCCACUGGACCGUUUUGGGGAACCUGCAGAGGUGGCCCAGGCUGUCCUUUUCCUCCUGGAGUCCCCUUACAUCACAGGACAGGUUCUGCUCGUGGAUGGAGGACUACGACUGACAUUGUAAUGAUUCCUGCCAGCUGACUGUCACUGAAGUGUCAAAAUUCAUAUUUUUGUUUUGCUGAUAAAACACAAUGGGUCUCAUUCGCUAAUAAUUGCAUGGAUUAUUUCAUAUUUGAACUUUUCAUGAAAAAUCUCUGCCCAAUUCACAACACAUGCAUAUGCACAUGAAUUUGUUCUUAAUCUCAUUCUAAUGUUAGUGAAUUUGGAGUACUCUAAAUGAGUGGCUGUGUGCACGAGAUUAGUCAUUUGCAUAAAACACGCUCAAACCAUCUCCAUAUAAGGGCUUUCCGCACAACUUGUCCAUUAGAGCCUUUCGUCAUUGUCGUCAUACAUGUGCCACUCUCUGCAGACGCUCUCUCGUCAGAUCCUCGAGCAACGCCAAGUGUGUCUGUCUCAAAACCAGUUCAAAAACAAUAAACACCUUUUAUACAGUCAUGUUAAGAUGAAAUAUAACUUCAUAACACGAUUAUAAGGCCACACAGUGAAAGUGCUUUUUGCUUGCAUGUGGUUUCAGUUGAUCCUACAUUUCUUUUUGGUAAAUUUAGAAUACAUUUUCAGACAUCCCAAGUCUCCCGGAAGUUCCGGGAGUCUCCCGCAUAUUGAUAGCGGCUCCCUGAUGCCCGCAAAUUAGUUAAAAUCUCCCGGAAUCUAGAGCGAGCGAGCAAGAGCGCGCAAAGAGACUAUGUUUCAAACCAGCGCGCGCACGGCAGAGAGGGAGAGGGAGCGAGAGAGAGACCUUGCGUGUGUGUGUGUGUGUGCGUGUGUGUGCGUGUGUGCGAAGCGCAUGUAAGACAGAGAGCAUCCCGAAUGGCCUUUUUCGGCAAAUCAACCAAUCAAUUAUCAGUGAGGUGAGUUGACAAGUUUCAUUUCAUGUGCAUAUUAUUCAGGCUAGUUGCCAAGGCUACAUAAAAACAACAAACUCCUUAGACCUGUUUAAAGUUGCAAUGGAAAAUAAAUAAAAGCAGUUUACAUAAAUAGUAUAAGCAGCUUAUAUAAAUAGCAAAAGUAAUCUACAUAUUUAAACAUAAUUAACGAAUAAUUGCAUAUGCCUAUAGCUUAUAGCUCCUUCCUCUUUUUUUUUUUUUUGGGGGGGGGGGGGGGUACCUCCCUGAAAUGACUUUUUGCAGGUUGGGAUGUCUGCAUUUUAGUAUCAAAGUUGUGAAUUGUGAUUUGUUGGUGAAAACAAACAUGUAAACUGCAAUGAGGCAGUUUUUGCAUGAACUUCUAAAUCUAAUUAUAAAAUUAUAUUUUUACUUCA